AUGGACUUUCAGACAGCGUCAUUUUCGGCCACGGCGCUGUUUUCUUUGAAAUGUUUCCUAUCAGGUCAUGGAGAAGAGUUUAGUGCUUUUGUCGGCUCGUGGGAAGCGAAUGCAUUCGAUGCCAUGAGAUUCUUACAGAACAUCUUGCUUGAAUUGCACGGGUGGAAGUUUUCUCAAUACGCUACACUCACUCAUGAGUCGAACCAAGUUCACUCUUCCAUGGCUACUCGAAGUGGAUAUCAGGAGAAUGUUAUCCGGUGUGCACUGAUUUCCAUUUGA